AUGGUGGAGGAGGGAGGUCUCCGCGUGGUUCGCUGCGGUGGCAGCGAGUUGAACUUUAGGAGAGCGGUGUUCUCUGCGGACUCCAAGUAUCUCUUCUGUGCCUCGGGGGACUUUGUUAAAAUUUACAGCACAAGGACAGAAGAAUGUGUGCACAUACUGCAUGGACACAGCAGGACCGUGACCGGAAUCCAGCUCAACCCCAACAACCAUCUCCAGCUAUAUUCUUGCUCAUUUGAUGGCACAAUUAAGCUGUGGGACUAUCUAGAUGGCAUUUUGAUUAAGACCUUCGUGGUUGGACAUCAACUUCAUGGCCUUUUCACUGUUGCCCGCACUGAGGAUUCUGUCUUUGUUAUAGUAAAUAAGGAUAAACCAGAUAUAUUUCAGCUGGUUUCAGUGAGGCUGCCAAAAUCAUCAAGUCAAGAAGGAGACGCCAAGGAGAUCUCCAUUGUUUUGGAUUUUAUAAACCAGUCGCCCAAGUGCAUUGCCUUUGGAAAUGAGGGAGAAUAUGUUGCAGCAGUUCGGGACUUUUACUUGUCAGUUUAUUUUUUCAAAAAGAAAACAACAUCAAGGUUUACUUUAUCAUCAUCAAAAAAUAAGAAGCACUCCAGGAACGAUUUCACCUGUGUUGCGUGCCACCCAAAAGAAGACUGCAUAGCAUCUGGUCACAAGGAUGGCAAAAUCCGUCUGUGGAGGAAUUUUGAUGAUGAUAAGAAAUACACAUACACAUGUUUACAUUGGCACCAUGAUGGGGUUAUGGACUUGGCUUUUUCAGUGACAGGCACCAGUCUGCUGAGCGGCGGCCGGGAGUCCGUGCUGGUAGAGUGGCGCGACGCCUCAGAGAAGAACAAGGAGUUCCUCCCCCGCCUGGGGGCCACCAUCGAGCACAUCGCGGUCUCACCUGCAGGGGACUUGUUCUGCACGUCUCACGCCGAUAAUAAGAUAACAGUCAUUCACCGAAACCUUGAGGCAUCUGCAGUAAUUCAAGGCCUAGUGAAAGACCGGAGUAUCUUUACUGGUUUGUUGAUUGACCCAAGGACUAGAGCUUUGGUUUUGAAUGGCAAGCCUGGCCACCUGCAGUUUUACUCCCUCCAAAAUGACAAGCAGUUAUACAAUUUGGAUAUCAUACAGCAGGAAUAUAUCAAUGACUGUGGUCUGGUCCAGAUAGAGCUAACCAAAGCGGCGUUCGGCUGCCAGGGCAGCUGGCUUGCCACGGUGGAGCAGCGGCAGGAGAAGGAGACAGAACUUGAAUUGCAAAUGAAGCUGUGGGCCUAUAAUAAGAAAACACAAGGGUUUGUUCUUAACACAAAGAUUGGAAUGCCCCAUGAAGAUCACAUCACAGCCCUCUGUUUCUGCAACGCAGAAAAAGCUGAAACCCCCACCUUGGUUACCGCUAGCAAAGACGGUCACUUCAAAGUGUGGAUACUAACAGAUGAUUCCGAUAUAUACAAAAAGGCUUUUGGCUGGACCUGUGACUUUGUUGGCAGUUACCACAAGUACCAAGCAACUAACUGCUGUUUCUCUGAAGAUGGCUCUUUACUUGCGGUUACUUUUGAGGAGAUUGUCACAAUAUGGGAUUCGGAAACAUGGGAGCUUAAGUGGACAUUCUGCCAACGAGCUGGGAAAAUUAGGCACCUUUGCUUUGGGCGAUUGACGUGCUCCAAGUAUCUUCUUGCCACCACGGAAAAUGACAUCCUUUGCUGUUGGAAUCUGCUCAGCUGCAUGCUUGAAUGGAGUACAAAACUGAGUGCCCGCGUUAUAGAACCUGACCCGAAUUCAGAGAAUAUUGCAGCAGUCUCUCAGUCUCCGGUGGGCUCAGAUUUGUUUGUAUUUAAACCUAGUGAGCCAAGGCCAUUGUAUGUUCAAAGGAAUAUCUGCAGCGAGGAAGUGCACUGGGGCGUGUUUGUCCCACGGGAUGCCCCAGAGGCGUUCACCUCAGAAGCUUACCAGUGGCUGAACAGAUCACAGUUUUACUUCCUGACAAAGUCACAGAGUUUGUUGACAUUCAGUGCAAAGUCUCCAGAAGAGAAACUCACACCAACAAGCAAGCAGCUCCUAGCAGAAGAAAGUCUUCCGACGACUCCAUUCUAUUUUAUACUGGGGAAACACCGGCGGCGGCAGGGUGAGAAAGGACAAGAAGCUUUGGGGAAUGAGUUGGUGCAACUACCUUUGACAGAAAACAUCCCAGCAAUCAGUGAACUUCUGCGCACUCCAGCUCAUGUGCUGCCGUCUGCUGCUUUUUUGUGUUCCGUAUUUAUAAACUCACUGCUGCUGUCGAAGGAGACAAAGAGUGCUGAAGAAAGUCCUGAUGAUGUAGAUAUGGAAGAACAAAAAGAAAGUGAUGAUUCAGAUGAAGAAACUAAUUUUACUGAAACAGUCCAGGACACAAAUAAUGAGGACUUGGAAGAAGAUAUUAUACACCAGUUGUCAAAAUCUGAGGAAAAAGAACUGAGGAAAUUAAGGAAAGUUGACUACAGCUGGAUAGCAAAUCUUUAGGUGUCCUUGAU